ACUAAAAACAGACGGAGGCGGCAGGCGGGCCCGGACGACGGACAAUCGGCAUGGCGACCAGCUCCUCCUGCUGCUGCGUCUCCUCCCACGGCCACGGCCACGGCCUCUACCGCCCGCUCCAUCGCCUCCGCACCGCCAGCCCCGCCCGCCUCCGCCUAGUCUUCCCUUCCGUCCCUUCCCCGAGGUUCUCUUCCCGCCGAAUCCCCGCCUCGCCCGAUCCGCCGCUCGACGUCGCCGCCGGAGACGCGACCCGCGAGGACGACUGGCCCGCGCCUGACGACGACGACGACCAGGACCAGGAGGACCGCGACGAACUCAUCGGCUUCCAGAUCCAGGUCUCCAAGGUCGGCAAGCGGAACCGGCGCCUUGUGCGCGCGCGGGUGCGCGUCCACGCGCCGCUCGAGGCCGUCUGGGCCACGCUCACCGACUACGAGGGCCUCGCCGAUUUCAUCCCGGGACUCUCCGAGUGCCGCCUCCUCGACCAGCACGAUGGCUUCGCGCGCAUCUACCAGGUCGGGGAGCAGGACCUCGCGCUGGGAUUCAAGUUCAACGCCAAGGGCACCAUUGACUGCUACGAGGGGGACAUGGAGGUGCUGCCCGACGCUGGGGCGCGCAGGAGGGAGAUCGCCUUCAACAUGAUCGACGGCGAUUUCAAGCUCUUCCAGGGGAAAUGGUCUGUCGAAGAGAUCCCCAGCUGUGCUACUGAAUCCAGUUAUCUCUGCUCAGUGCAGCACUGGUACAGUCUAGUCUAGCCCUAAAUUAAUCACCACCGACAUUGGUCGGGGUCCAGUGAUCUCUGACUGGAUCCAGACUCACUCACUGAUCGGGCGUUUUAGGUUCACCACAUUGUGCUGGUUGAGCUAGGUAAUAAGGAUGUUGAAAUCAUUGUUAACUCUCGCUUUUUGUGAAUUGGCAAGGGAACCAUCCUUUAAUGUGGGGCUGCGGGCAUAAGGGCACGUACAACCCACAGUCAGAAACCUGACUAUAAGUUCUUGGAAUCCACAACAUAGACAAUUAAACAGACAGCUCAUACAACCCAUAGACAAGAAUCGUCUGUAAGGCCAGUCUCAAUGGACAGUGUCACUGCACGGUUUCACAGACCAACGCGUCAUCAAGAUUGAAAUGAAACCAUCUAUGAAAUAACCCCAGCAAUGAAGCAUUUCACUCUGUUGUUUCCAAGGCUAAGCAAAGCAUUUAAUUACUGUAAAAUGAUUGGAUCACAUGCAAGAUGGUGAAACGAUUUAGCCCUCAGUGGGGAUUUCAUCUCGUUUCACCGCGUGGGAAACAACGCCC